UUUAUAUUUGUACUUUAAUCUCACAGCCACGCUCACACACUCCUAACAAAAUAAUUCCCUCUCUCUUCUCUUUCCUUUUCUCCCCCUCUCUCUGCAAAAGCUUAAAAAACGCUGCAACAAAAAUCGCGUCUUUACCAAGCGGAUUCUUUUUCUCAUUAUUCUUCACUUAUAAAUAUACCCGAAGCUUUUUGUAAAGGUGACACCUUGAUUGUGUGGCUUCCCUUCACUGCCCUGUUUAGGCAUUUAUUGGGAUUUUUCGGCUUUUGGGUUCUCUUUAAAGACAGGGACAGAUAUAGAGAUAGACAGAAACAGAAUCUCUUCUAUGGCUCAAGAUGGUGGUGUUGUGUCCAACAAUGACUUGCCAGUGAAAAGAGCCAGAGAAGAAGAAGAGAAUGGAGUCUCAGACACUACUGUAGCUAUGGAGACUGAGAAUACCAAUAAUGAUUAUAUAUCGUCUGUUAUUCCGGGCUGGUUUUCUGAGAUUAGUCCCUUGUGGCCUGGAGAGGCACAUUCCUUGAAAGUGGAAAAGAUAUUAUUUCAAGGGAAGUCUGACUACCAGAAUGUCAUGGUCUUUCAGUCAUCAACAUAUGGAAAGGUUCUUGUUUUGGAUGGGGUGAUUCAGCUCACAGAGAGGGAUGAAUGUGCAUAUCAAGAAAUGAUUACUCACCUCCCUCUUUGCUCAAUUCCAAACCCAAAGAAGGUUUUGGUUAUUGGCGGAGGAGAUGGUGGGGUCCUGCGGGAAGUGGCUCGACAUUCUUCUGUUGAGCAGAUUGACAUAUGUGAAAUUGACAAGAUGGUUGUUGAUGUUUCUAAAGAUUUUUUCCCUGAUAUAGCUGUCAGUUUUGAAGAUCCUCGUGUGACUCUCAAGAUUGGUGAUGGAGUUGCAUUUUUAAAGGAUGUACCUGCUGGAACAUAUGAUGCAGUUAUAGUAGAUUCUUCUGACCCAAUAGGUCCUGCACAAGAGCUGUUUGAGAAGCCAUUUUUUGAAUCUGUAGCAAAGGCUCUGCGUCCUGGAGGGGUUGUGUGUACUCAGGCAGAAAGUAUAUGGCUUCAUAUGCACAUCAUUGAGGAUAUUGUAGCGAACUGCCGUCAGAUCUUCAAAGGCUCUGUUCACUAUGCCUGGACAACUGUUCCUACUUACCCAAGUGGGGUGAUUGGUUUCAUGCUUUGUUCUACUGAGGGACCUCCUGUUGAUUUCAAGCAUCCUGUGAAUCCCAUAGAUACUAAUGAAAGCACAUCAUCAACAACAACAAGACCUUUGAAAUUUUAUAAUUCCGAGAUUCAUACAGCUGCCUUCUGCUUGCCAUCUUUUGCAAAGAAGGUGAUUGAAUCAAAAGGCAAAUGAAGGAGUUUUGAAGAGCACUGAAGGAGAAGCAGCAGUCAAGCUAAGUCUUCGACAGUCUAGCCUCGUCUUCAAUGAAAAAUCCAUCUUUCAAUGAACCAUGGAAUAAAUUGAGAUAUUAAGUUACUUUCAGAGUAUGUUUUGGUAGGAAAAACUUGUUGAUUGUUGGAUUUACAUAUAUCAUUCUCCAGUCCGUAUAAUUAGAAAUUUAAUACCCAGAAGAAAUGCAAAAUUUUUUAAAUUCCAAUCA